CAGUUACACUACAAAUCUCUCUCCGCAUCUCGCGUUGCCUCCAAAGCAGCGAACAAACAGUGCUAAUCUAUCUACUCCACACUCUCUCUCUAACUUUACAUAAUAAACUAAUGCAUAUAUGAAUGAACACGUAUAAACGACAGCUACUACUUCUCGUCUCAAUCCCGGAAAAUCUGCGCUAUUAAACAGUUGGCAAUGAAUCGGCGGAACGAUCCCAAUCCGUUCGAUCAGGGAGAACAUGAAAUCAAUCCAUUUUCGAAUGGUAAAACAGCCACCGGAUCAAAGUCACGCGUACCUCAAGUAAUUGCUAAUACACUGGGUUUUGGUCAAAAACACGAUGCCAAUGUGGAUAUACCAUUAGAUACCAUCAAUGAUUCAAAGAAGGAGAAAGAACUUGCUGCUUGGCAGGCAGAUUUGAACCAGAGAGAAAGGGAACUUAAACGCAGGGAAGAUGCUGUGGCUGCAGCCGGUGCUCCUGUGGAUGAUAGAAAUUGGCCCCCAUUUUUUCCCAUUAUUCACCAUGAUAUAGCCAAUGAAAUACCAAUUCAUGCUCAGAGGUUACAGUAUUUGGCCUUUGCAAGUUGGUUAGGUAUUGUCUUUUGCCUUGUGUUCAAUGUCAUUGCCAUCAUCGUUUGUUGGGUCAAGGGCGGCGGGGUCAAGAUAUUCUUCCUUGCUAUAAUUUAUGCUCUGCUUGGUUGCCCUCUUUCGUAUGUGCUAUGGUACAGGCCUUUGUAUCGUGCCAUGAGGACUGAUAGUGCACUGAAAUUUGGAUGGUUUUUCAUGUUGUAUUUGCUCCAUAUUGGCUUUUGCAUAUUUGCUGCAAUUGCACCUCCAAUAGUCUUUCAUGGAAAAUCACUAACGGGCAUCCUUGCUGCGAUUGAUGUCUUUUCUGACAAUUCGUUGGCAGGGAUUUUCUACUUGGUUGGAUUUGCUUUAUUCUGCUUGGAGUCACUUUUGAGCUUGUGGGUACUCCAGAAAAUAUAUGUCUAUUUCAGGGGAAACAAAUGAUUAUGAAAAUGCUAUAUGGAUGCUGACAAAAAUUUGUAAUUUGAGAUUAGUCGCUCCCUCCCCCAAGUAUAUAUUUUUCCUACUGUAUUGACAUUUUUUGUUUUCCGAUUUUUUUUUUUUGAUAAAUUAUUUAUGUAAAUAAAAAAAUUUAAAAAAUCGCACGACGAUGAACUCGAACCCAAAACCUUAGAUCUUGGGAAUUUUUUUGGUUUCUGAUUCUUCUUUUGUGAGAUAGUGUGACACAGUGAUUUAGUGCAUAGAAUUUGGUUUUUGUGCUGCA